AAAUUUGACACCUUUUAGGUUAUGGUAUCAAAAAACAUUCUUUAAAACAAUUGAAAUACAUUAAUUAUCGCAAGUGCGAUCAAACAUUUUCCGAAUUUAAAAGAAAAUAGAAAACAUUCGCAGUUUUAAUAGAAAACUCAUCAAAGUGAACAAGAUACAUCUAAUUCAAUAGAAAUGGCAAAUUUUAAAUGGAGAAUUCACCAACACGAUAUUAAUAAAAUAUAUAAAUCUGAAUCGUUUAACAUAAAACACACUACUAAUUUAAAAUGGAUUUUUGAAUUUUUUGAAAGCGAUCAAGAAAGAAAGUAUGUCAAAUUUCGACUUUACAACGAGGAUAAAGAUGAAUUUUAUUUUUCUAGUCCAGUACAAAUAGAUAUUGUGUUUGGAUGCGAAAAAAUAUGUAGCAUGAUAACAAAUUCUAUUAAAGAGUUUAGCGAUAUUAUUUGGAAAGAAAAAUUACUAAAUUUACGUCAUGAUGACACUCUAUACGUAAAUAUUAGAAUUGAAAAAUUUAAAAGUGAACAAAAAUUGAAAGAUAUGAUAACUAUAUCAAAAAUUGAACACAAUUUCCAUCCAUUUUUAAUAAGCGAUGUUUUAAGUGAUGUUUCAUUUCAAAUUGAAAAUAAGGAAUUUCCAGCUCAUAAAAUAAUUCUUGCUGCUGCGAGUCCAGUUUUUGAAAAAAUGUUUACGCAUCAGAUGAAGGAGAAUAUUACAAAUAAUGUUCAAAUUGAAGACACUGAUCCGGAUGUUUUUAAGGAAAUGUUAAACUACAUUUACAUGGGCAAAGUUGAGAAUUUAAACAGCAUGGCCUUUGAUCUUUAUGAGUUGGCCAAUAAAUAUGAAAUAACAAAAUUGCAAAUAAUUUGUGAAGAAUCUCUCGAAAACUGUUUAGAUGUGGACAAUGUAACAUUUAUUUUGGAAUUUGCCGAUCGUCAUAAUUCCGUGAAUUUAAAGAAUGAAUGCAUUAAAUAUAUCAACGAAAAAUUUGACGAAGUCAGGAAUACUGAAUCCUAUAAAAAUCUCAAAAGAGAAUUGUUAAUAGAUAUUAUUAGCUUUAUAAAAGAUGAAAUUUAAAUUUAUUCUCUCGACAUUUAAUUCAGAAGAUAUCUUAUAUGACUUUAUUUUAAAAUGUUGCUGUUUAAACUUUAAUAGUAUAAAAAUUAAAUUUAACUGAAUUGAUGUAUGUUUUUUUUU